UGCCUGGUAGUCGGUGAUGCAGGUUUCUACCAGCGCAUGUGCAGGGCCACCUGGUCGUCAUGGAGGCAAUCUUGGCGGAGGAGCUUGAUGAGGAGGAGCAGCUGGUGAGAAGGCAUCGCAAAGAGAAGAAAGAGUUGCAAGCCAAAAUUCAGGGUAUGAAGAAUGCUGUUCCCAAGAAUGACAAAAAGAGAAGGAAGCAACUCAUUGAAGAUGUUGCUAAGUUGGAAGCAGAAAUGGAACAGAAACAUAAAGAAGAACUGGAGCAAGUGAAGCUGAAUUCUAAGGAAAGUAAAAUAGAUUCUGUUGCUGUUAACAUUUCAAACUUGGUUCUUGAGAAUCAGCCACCUCGGAUAUCAAAAGCACAAAAGAGACGGGACAAAAAAGCUGCAUUGGAAAAGGAGCGGGAAGAAAGGAUAGCUGAAGCUGAAAUUGAGAACUUAUCUGGAGCUAGACACCUAGAAAGUGAAAAACUGGCUCAAAUACUGGCAGCUAGACAGUUGGAAAUUAAACAGAUUCCAUCUGAUGGCCAUUGUAUGUAUAGAGCCAUUGAAGAUCAGCUGGAACAACGGAAAUGCCCCUUGACUGUGGCUGCCUUGAGAAGUCAAACUGCUGAGUAUAUACAAGGCCAUGUGGAAGACUUUCUGCCAUUUUUAACAAAUCCUAAUACAGGAGAUAUGUAUACUCCAGAAGAGUUUAGAAAGUACUGUGAUGAUAUUGUCAACACAGCUGCAUGGGGAGGUCAGCUUGAGCUAAGAGCUUUGUCUCACAUUUUGCAAAUGCCAAUAGAGAUAAUACAGGCAGAUUCUCCUCCUAUUGUAGUUGGUGAAGAAUAUCCAAAAACCCCAUUAAUACUUGUAUAUAUGAGACAUGCAUACGGCUUAGGAGAACAUUACAAUUCUGUUACCCAGUUGGUGAACACAGCUACUGAAAAUUGCAGCUAGUUUACAAAAUGUUGCAUAAUUAUGUUUUAGUACAGUGUGCCGAUCUGACUAUUCUUACAAGUGCUGGAUUGUUCUAACCUUACUGAAAAACACAACUACCUUAAAUCAGUUUUAUGGCAAAGCUACUAACACAGAUUUUUAAAAAAUGUGUCAGAGAUAAACUUUAACCAGUGUUCCCUUAUUGGUAUUUUAGAGUCCAUUGUGGAGAACAUCAUUUACAGACCAAGAUAGUACCCUAUUUGCUUAGAUUUUUAUUAAUAUAAGGUCCUGAACAUUCUGUUCUGCACUGAAAAUAAAAAAUUUUUCUCCUUAUUACUAAAAGCUUUCAGUAACCAUUUUAAUGUAACUCUUCUUGAAGAAAUGAAACGAUUCGGUCUCUUUGUCUUGAAAAUAUGUGGUAAUGGUGAUGGCAAAUUUAAUUAAUGCUUAUAAAUGAAUCUGAUUUCAGUAACCUUGGUACUGAUGGGAUUAGUACUAUGAAGCUUUUUAUAUAAGCCCGUCAAAGUGUAGCUAAAAAGCUUGCUUUAAUAACUAAAAAUUUUAAAAUAUUAAUUCACAUGGGAAUCAGUUAAGUUUAAGAAAUGAGACAAAUUCAUAGGUAAAUAGGUGUUCCCUAUCAGAUCAGACCUCUAAAGAAUUACAGAUUAGCCUUUUAUUUGUGUGCAAAUAAAGACCUGUCAGAUUACUGUCUCUCUAAUUUACUUGUUACUCCUUGCUGUUUCUUAAACUUCCAAAUGGAAUUACGACCACCAGUUUUUUUUUUUUACAAAAGUUUUUUAGUGUCUUUAUUUUUUAAUUUUAUUUUUAUUUUUUAUUUUUGAAGUAAUCUCUCUGCCCAGCAUGGGGCUUGAACUCAUGAUCCUGAGAUAAAGAGUCCCAUGCCCUACUGACUGAGCCAGCCAGGAGCUCCAGUACCAUCAUUUCUUGAUCAUCUUUAUAACUACAAAUUUUUAUAUUCUUGGUUAUAUUUUCUUCAUCCUCACUUAGCUGCUUUGUUUUCUGUGCAGCCUUUUCCACUAAGAAACAGUUUGUGGCCUCUCUUGUUCUUACCUUGUACAAACGGAAGGAGUAGCAAUGUAAAAGGGUCUAAGGCCAACUUGACUUCAAAUUCUUCCUCAUUUCCAAUUUGUCUUACAAGACCUUUCUUUUUGUUUCAUUCUCUAGGAUUAGAAGAAAGCCUUUGUUAUUUUAGUUAGCCUUAUUAAUGACACCUUUCCUUUAAUUCAGAUAUUUGAGAAUGUUUGUGUUACAUGUAGGGAUAAAGUUGAAAGCCGCUGUUUGGGAGCUAUGACUGUAUAGUAAAGUCAGUAUACAAUACUUUGUGAAGUGAAUGAUUUAUCUGGCUCUGAUUUCAGGUUACUCUUAACCCUGUUCUCCCUAAGAAGACAGUCUCCAUGUAUAGAAACAUGUCUCAUUGAUAAUUUGUUACGUAACUAAGUAUUAUGAAAAUGAGUCCUUUUUGGUUUGAUCUAGUUUUUCCAAAUUAGGAAUGAGUAUUAAGAUUUAGCAUCAAGUUCAUAGUAUUUGAAUUUUUCCUCCAUGAAUGCACUAAUUUUUUUAAGUAAAUAUUGGGUUUUAUAAUACUAAAAACGAGUGUCAGCCUCACAUGCCCAGCUGGUGACAAUGUGGGAAGCUGGUAGGGACUGUGGUUAGAUAGAACAAGUAAGUACUACAUGAAGGUAUUCCAGUUCAAAAGGUGAAAAACCAUUCUGUUUGCCAAACAAAAUAUGUUCUGAAGGCUGACUGUUUUGGAAUCCUUGAUCUCAAAUUUUUGGGGCCUGAAAUUUAUAAAAGUUAAAUUAUAAAAUUGCUAAAUGUCUUGCCUUUAUUAUGAAGUAAUCUGUUACUUUAAAAUCAAAAGAUAAGCAUUGAGAAGUAAUAAAACAAAUAUCAUGAAACCUAGUUAUUACAAAUGCCAUCUAUAUUUAAAAUAACUUAUUGGUAGCUAUUUUUUUCUAAUAAGAUGAAUGGAAUUUUCUUGAUUAUAGUUUUAUUUUUAUUAUUUUUUAUUUUUAAAUGUCCAAUAUGGUUAUGAGUAAGAUUUGUGUGGUCAGCUUCUGUUUUUUUCAUAAAACUUCAGAUAAUCAUUUUAGCUGUAACCAAAUAUUGAAGUCUUUAAAAAAUGGCAGAUGUUAAUUUAAAAACAGCAUAUACUAAUUUAGUUUGCUGUGUGAUUAUGGUCUAAUGGAAGUUUCAUAAGCUUUCUUUUCUCCUAACUCAGAAAAGUAUAUUUCAGAGUUUUGGAAUAUGUCCUUAGCCAAGAAUUUUAUCCACUUAACAUAUGUUUACAAACUUAUAUAAAGCAAAAAAGAAUGUAUAACUAUAGUGAGCAAUAUAGUUUUGCUCCUAUUAUCUGAUGUUUGCCAAAAGAAGAAUAAAAGAUGUAUGAAUUAAAUCAACA